AUGGCGCGACUGACGUCUGUACUUUUCGCGGCAAUUCUAAUAGGUGUUGUAUCAACUGUAGAACGUUCACAAAUUAAUGAAGGAUAUUCAGCUGGUUUUUAUUCCGAUUGUCCUGGAUCCACUAAGCCAGCAAUCAUAUCAAAGGAGAGUUUGAAUUACCUCGGUAUUAAAGUUAUAGGAGCCAAAGCAACGGCCACGUCGGCCCGGAAGACUUAUUCAUACUACCAAAUGAAAUCUAUGGCCCGAGACCCUACCAUGAACUAUAGUCGGAAGACCGUACUAUUUGUCUCUGGAUAUCAAGACAACCCCAACUUCCCUACAGCAAGAAUUUUAGAGACCUGUUACAGAAAUUUAGGUUACAACGUUUGGUUGCUGGAUAUGUAUAAAUUUGUGACCAUGGAGUACACUGUAGUCGCUAGAGUAGCACCAGCUGUUGGGAAGCACGUUGGUGAAAUGUUAUACAACUUGACUCGCCUAAACGUUGGAUUCGACCCCAAGAAAUUAGAGAUAUUGGGCUUGAGUCUUGGCGCACAGACCAUGAGUUUUAUAGCCAAAUCUUAUAAAGAACUAUCGGGCAUUAAAAUUGGCAGACUCACCGGUUUAGACCCAAUAGGUGCUUGCUUUAGGAAUUUAGGACCUGAACAUAGAUUAGACAAAGAAGAUGCUGAUUUUGUAGAAACUGUAGGAACUAAUAUAGAUGGGUAUGGAAUCGCAGAACCAUUAGGUCAUGUAAAUUUCUACGUUAAUGGAGGAGAACAUCAAGCUCACGAUGUUUUCUUCGUGCCCUGCGAAAUGAUUUGUAGCCAUAUGAGAUCCUUUACUUUAUGGUACUCAGCAUUGCAGAAUCGAAAUUCGUUUAUAGCGUUGCAAUGUGAUUCGGUACAGCAGGCGAGAGACAAGGAUUGUUAUAGCAGAAAACCUUUAGUUACAAAUUUACUCGGUCCCAAUGUUGAUAAGACGAAACACGGCCUAUUCUAUCUAGCGACAACUCACACUUAUCCUUAUUAUAUGGGUGAAAAAGGUGUGAAGAGGAAAUAUGAACCAAUUUAUAAUGAUUUAAAGUCACUGAAUCCAGAAGGUCUGAAAAUAUUGUAA